GUCACUCCCAGUGCAGAGCCCCCAGCCUGGCCAGGACCCGCCCCCAGCCCCUGCUCCCAGGGCGGGCACCGCUUGGAGGGAAGAUGCCGGUAACUUUCGAGGACGUGGCUGUGUACUUCACCGAAGGGCAAGGGGCCCUGUUGAACCCUGGUCAGAGAGCUCUGUACAGGGAAGUCAUGGAGGAGAAUUACGAGAAUGUGACCUCACUGGGAUUUUCCAUUCCCAAACCUGACCUGAUCACCCAUCUGGAACGAUGGGAAGAGCCAUGGGUACCCGAUCUCCAGGCCUGCCAGGAAAGGGAGAUUCUGAGAGAUACCCACAUAGCAGGUGAUAAGCGAGAGAGUGAGAAAGAGGAGGAUAAUCAACAUCAGGAAUUUCCUGGGAAAGUGGAACCACAGAGGACCUUUAGGAGAAGAGCUUUAGGGAAUUUCUCGGAGUGCUUGGAACAAAGAAAAGCCUCUGGAAAUCAGCACUGGUCAGAGAGGCUAUUCAGAAACCAGCGUAUCAAGAAAGGGGCUGAAUCUAUUAAAUAUGUGGGAGGAUGCAAGGAUCCUGAGGAAACCACAACCCAGGAGACAAAUCACAAGAAAGAGAAAUGCAGUGAGGGCCUCAAAUGUGGGAAACAAUUCAUUCUGAAAUCACAUCUUCUUACACAUCAGACAAUCCAUAUGGGAGAGAAAUCCCAUAAAUGCUUUGAGUGCGGGAAGAGCUUUAGCCACAGCUCAUACCUCACUGCACAUUGGAGGACCCACACUGGAGAGAGACCCUAUAUAUGCUUGGACUGUGGGAAAAGCUUCAGUAACAGCUCAAACCUCACUAAACAUUGGAGAAUCCACACAGGAGAAAGACCAUAUAAAUGCCCAGACUGUGGGAAAUGUUUCAUUCAGAAGUCAACUCUUGUUACACAUCAGACAAUCCACACUGGAGAAAGACCCCAUAAGUGCUUAGACUGUGGGAAAAGCUUUAGCCACAGCUCAUACCUCAUUAGACAUUGGGGGACCCACUUGGGAGAGAGACCGUAUAAAUGUCUCGAGUGUGGGAAAAGUUUCAUUCGGAACUCGCACCUUAUUAGACAUCAGAGAAUUCAUACUGGCGAUAAACUUCAUCAGUGCCUCCACUGUAGGAAAAGUUUCAUUGAGAGACCAAACCUUAUUAGACAUCAGGCAGUCCACACAGGAGAGAGCCCCCAUAGGUGCUUGGAGUGUGGGAAAAGUUUCACACAGAGAUCAGCUCUUGUUACACAUCAAGCAAUCCACACAGGAGAUAGACCUCAUAAGUGCUUGGACUGUGGAAAAAGUUUCAUUCAGAGAACAAACCUUAUUUCACAUCAGACAAUACACACAGGAGAAAAACCGCAUAAAUGCUUGGAUUGUGGGAAAAGUUUUGCUCACAGUUCAGGACUUAUUGUGCAUCAGAGAAUCCACACAGCAGAGAAGCCCUAUAAAUGUUUGGACUGUGGAAAAAGUUUCAGUCACAAAUCAAAUCUUAAUAAACAUCAGAGAAUCCACACAGGAGAAAGGCCACAUAAAUGCCUGGACUGUGGGAAAUGUUUCAUUCAGAAAUCAAGCCUUGUUACACAUCAGACAACUCACACUGGAGAGAGACCCCAUAAGUGCUUGGACUGUGGGAAAAACUUUAGCCACAGCUCAUACCUCACUAGACAUUGGAGGACUCACACGGAGGAGAGACCCUAUAAAUGCCUUGAGUGUGGGAAAAGUUUCAUUCAGAGCUCACACCUUAUUAGACACCAGAAAAUUCAUACUGGAGAUAAACCUGAUAAAUGCCUCCACUGUGGGAAAUGUUUCACUGAAAGAACAAACCUUAUUAGACAUCAGGCAAUCCACACAGGAGAGAGCCCCCAUAGAUGCUUGGAGUGUGGGAAAAGUUUCAAUCAGCGAUCAAACCUUAUUAUACAUCAGAGAAUCCACACAGGUUAUAACCUUCAUAAAUGCCUUGACUGUGGGAAAAGCUUUAGUAGGAGCUCAGAGCUUACUAAACAUCAGAUAAUCCACAAGGGUGAGACCCAAGAAAUAGCUUAAAGAACAGGAGUACUUGUGGUCCCCAACCUUUUUCGUCUGG